AUGGUGGCCGCCAGUGGAGGGGUGGAUGUGUCCACCGAAGCUGCUGGAACGGGGCUCACGCGCUUCGACAUCCCCCGCCAGUACACAGACGUGGCGCUUACGCCCGAUACAGCGCAUACGAUGGUGGCCGCCAGUGGAGGGGUGGAUGUGUCCACCGAAGCUGCUGGAACGGGGCUCACGGGCUUCGACAUCCCUGGCCAGUAUACAGACGUGGCGCUUACGCCCGAUACAGCGCAUAGCGUGGACGGGUCGUCGUCUUUGAAUGGCAUGUUGUACUUUGUGCCGCCCGACUCUUUCGCGAAGAUAGAAAACGAGCUGGCCGAACACUGUCGCAGAUAUCAACGCCGGGUUCACCGAGAUCCAAAAGUUGUUUACAUUUACCGCCAUUCCAUCCACCGACAACAAGCGGUACAGUACCUCGAAGACGCGUACAUCAUCCAUGCCCUGGCGCUCGGGUCCAACGGCUACAAAGAAGCGGUGUCCACACACGAAAGCCGCAAUGCCAAGGCCAAAACGUACGUCCACCCGCCGUUAGCCAUCAAGGAUGGGCUGCGACACUGCCCGGCCAAGACGUUCCACGGCUUGGUGGCCAAGGAUCGUCCCAACUACAGACUAGUCACAAGCGCCGUGGUCAGCCACAUUCGCCACAUCGAUGGGAAAGCAGCUUCUGUCAUGUACACGCUCGGUGACGCUAGCAUGUCAGCCAGUGCGACCUUGACGCCAAGUGUCAUUGGUCCCACGUCACAGCAGGGCCUCGUGGGUGGGAAAUCGCAGUUCCCAGGGGUCGCCACCAACCAAUCGUCGUGGAUGGUCAACGAAAACGUGGGCACCACCUAUUUGCAUGGCCGAAGUCCUGCUCACGCUAAGCCAUCCCGUUACGGCGUUCAAGCAUACUGCCCCCAGCGCCGCGCGUACAACACCAGCUCGGAGUACCAGUUUCAAGUGACCAGACUUUCCCACGCCGAACCAGCUCGCGAUGACUGUGUACUUGAACAAUCCCAAGUCACGCGACAGAAGGGGGGUUUCACCCGACAACCCGACAUGUCUCGGCAUGCGGAUAUGGACAAAGGCCUGUACUUUAGCUCGGCGGGGGAUGGCGAUGCGUUGGGGGCGUACUAG